UUAAUUAUGAUACUAGACGUCAUUGUAUGCGUUUGAAAAUUCCGAACCCAUAAUAACAAAUUCCUGGAAUCGCGACUUCUCGAAACUACUUCUUUCUUCCAACGAACACCAGAAAAUCAUAACGUCGCAUCACACAAACGAAAUCACAAUUCGACAUUCCAAUUCUCCAACACUGAUCAUCAAUGGCGGAUCAUUACAGAAUCUUAGGAAUCACAAAAAAUGCGUCAAAAUCAGAAAUUAAAGAUGCUUUUCGUAAAUUAGCGGUUCAAUUUCACCCCGAUAAACACGCGCAAUCAUCAAAGUCUGCAAAAGAUGCUGUAACUCUUAAAUUCAAGCAAGUUUCUGAAGCUUACGAAGUUUUAAUUGAUGAUCGAAAGCGUGCUGCUUAUAAUUUGAGCAGAUACAGCAGUGGCGGAUCUAACAAUUUUUAUAAUAAUAAUAACAGCAGUUACAAUGCUGGUUAUUAUCGUCGCGGUGGCACUUAUUAUCGACCGCCACCAUCGUCGUCGUCUGGAGCUAAUCGCUUUGCGACGAAUUUAGACGCCGUUUUUCGAUAUAUGACGACUCGUUCUUUCCUUCUUCAUCUUGCCUUUGCUGGUAUAUUACUAGGCGGGACAGUAGUCAUUGACAUGAGUGGAGAAGCUCUGUGGAAGAUGCAAAAUCCUGGGGUAUUUAAUCUGAAAGUACUGAAAGUAGUAAGCCAGUUUUUAUCACAGAUAGAUAUGUGCUCUUUUAGUCCCCAAUCUUUGUUGCUCACUAUAAUUUAAGUCAUUUGAAGAAGCAAUGAAGUCUAUUGAGAGAAACAGAGAGGAGGAUUAGCAAUAGGUAAUUGAUACUCUUAUUGACAAUCAAUAGCUUCAUUCAAGUAGAAUAGAAGGAACAUUGGUGCAGACUGUACAACUGGUAUCGAUCUUGUGGAUGUCAAAAUAUGUACAAUCUUAACCUGAAUAGACGCAUUCAAUACUAGCGGAGGUAUAGAGGCGGUUGUAAGUUGUUGCAGUCAAUUGUUAAAUUUUUUCCUAAAUAAGGUAUGGGAAUCGGUCAAUUGUAUACUUAUAUGUUAGUAUGUAAAAAUAACCUAAUAUGUACAAAUCUAAUGUGUACCAACACCGUAUAUAUGGCAAUAGUGUGGGUUGUGUUAACUCAUGCGCUAGGGAUUUUAAAUAAUUGUUGUUUGGUUGACAACAAAAAGUACAAUGGAGGAAGUUUAACUUUCUUGGGAAUGAAAUAAACUUUCCACAAAACAUGAGAAUUGCCCCCUCCUUUGGCUUCUCUAAAUAUUUAUGAAAUUAGAAAAUCAUGUUUGGAUUGCAUGAUUUCAUUUCAAAUUCCGAAAUUGGGCCAAUUAUAUAGUUUGGAUACUUCAAAAUUUUGGAAUUGUAUUUGGCCCAAUUCCAAGCCAUUACAUAAAUCAGUUAUGUUUUAUGAAUUUCAAAUUCUAACCUAAUAUACGUUAUUCUAAAUUCUGUCUCUUCAAACAUACUCUUCUUCUGUCCAUUAUUCUCUCUUCUCUACUAGUUAUUCCUGCUCAUCGCCACUAUAUC